UUACGUUGGUGAUGGUUUGAGGCAGCGUUGCAUUAAGUAUCACAGACUGUCCGCGGCACUCCUCCUGCUUCAGCCUUCCGAGUGCUUGGAAGUAAAAGCGUGGGUCCCAUGCUCUGCAGUGGGAGCAACCCUGGCUCCGCCCAUGCAGGUCACAGCACCGUCUUUACGUACUAGCGUAAGCCACAUUUCCGUCCCCAACUACUAAAGUCGUUCCGGUGAAUAUUAAGCGCAGAAGGGAGGGGGAUGGUGCAUUUCGGGCCAUAUUAUAUUGGUGACACUUUUCAAGAGGCCCCCUGCAAGACUUCCAAAGGCCGCCGGGAGAAUCUUCAUUAACGUGGAAUAUAAACGGGCCUAGGAGGCGCUUCUGGUCAUCUGGCGGCUGGAUGCCAUCUAUCUGCCUGACGUUACUGCUCGCAAGCUAUUUCCUGACUCCAGGAGGCUUGGAGGUGUUCGUAGAGCUUUUCCUUUCCCUACACCGGAGAGCUCCCUUCCACUUCCGCUGGCUCGCGGCCCCGCCUCCCCUGGCCCCCGCAGGGUCCUAGCGCCUACCCGCUCCGGCAGGUUCCGGAGCUCCGUCAGUCCUGGGGGCCCAUGCCGACGCUACGGAACGAUCCCAAGUCUGACUAGAUGAGAAGACAGGUGCUAAGAUGUUCCUCAAGUUGCACAAGAUGACAUCAGCAGGGAAGUGCUGGAGACAAGAUUCGAAGCUGGGCAUUGUGCCUUCAGAAUGCUUAUAAUCACAAUGCUGUGCUGUUUCUCUGGACCUUGCUUCCUUUAUCAUUGAAAGAACAUUUUUCAUUAUGUUGAUGUGAAGGAGGAGGCCCGCUCUCCAAGGUCAUGGAGGUGGAGGCUGCAGAAGCCAGGUCCCAAGCCCCAGGCUACAAACGCUCUGGCCGGCGUUACAAGUGCCUGUCCUGUACCAAGACAUUUCCAAAUGCUCCCAGGGCAGCCCGUCAUGCUGCCACACAUACACCUGCAGACUGUACACAGGAGGUGGCUGAGGCGCAACUAAAGGUGGACUCAGAAUCUAAGGCAGAGGAAGCCAGUGAGGACAAGGUAUCAGAUUCAGUGGCUAAGCCCCGUCCGUAUGUGUGCCCCCUGUGCCCCAAGGCUUACAAGACAGCCCCUGAGUUGCGCAGCCACGGGCGCAGCCACACGGGUGAAAAACCCUUUCCCUGUCCGGAGUGCGGCCGCCGCUUCAUGCAGCCCGUGUGCUUGCGCGUGCACCUGGCCUCACACGCCGGUGAGCUGCCCUUCCGAUGCACGCACUGCCCCAAGGCCUAUGGUGCGCUCUCCAAGCUCAAGAUCCACCAGCGCGGUCACACUGGUGAGCGGCCCUACGUGUGUACGGACUGCGGCAAGAGCUUCGCCGACCCUUCCGUGUUCCGCAAGCACAGGCGCACUCACGCAGGACUGCGGCCCUACGGCUGCGAGCGCUGCGGAAAGGCCUAUGCCGAGCUCAAGGACCUGCGCAACCACGAGCGGUCUCACACCGGUGAGCGUCCCUUCCUUUGCUCCGAGUGCGGCAAAAGCUUCUCCCGGUCCUCUUCGCUCACGUGCCACCAGCGUAUCCACGCGGCACAGAAGCCCUACCGCUGCCCAGCCUGCGGCAAGGGCUUCACGCAGCUCAGCUCCUACCAGAGCCACGAGCGCACGCACUCCGGGGAGAAGCCCUUCCUGUGCCCGCGCUGUGGCCGCAUGUUUUCCGACCCCUCAAGCUUCCGCCGCCACCAGCGGGCACACGAGGGUGUGAAGCCCUACCGCUGCGAGAAGUGUGGCAAGGACUUCCGGCAGCCGGCGGACCUGGCCAUGCACCGGCGGGUGCACACGGGCGACCGACCCUUCAAGUGCCUGCAGUGUGACAAGACGUUUGUGGCGUCUUGGGAUCUCAAGCGGCAUGCGCUGGUGCACUCGGGCCAGAGGCCGUUCCGCUGUGAGGAGUGCGGGCGAGCCUUCGCUGAGCGUGCUAGCCUAACAAAGCACAGCCGCGUGCACUCGGGUGAGCGCCCUUUCCACUGCAAUGCCUGUGGAAAAUCCUUUGUGGUGUCGUCAAGCCUCAGGAAGCACGAGCGGACCCAUCGAAGUGAGGCCACAGGGGCUGCCCCCCACCCCGAGUUGGUUGUGGGGCUGGCGCUGCCUGUGGGCAUUGCAGGUGAGGGCUCAGUUGCCCCUGUAGCAGGUGCAGGGCUGGGAGACGCUCCAGCAGGGCUGCUUGGGAUACCACCUGAGUCAGGUGGUGUGAUAGCCACCCAGUGGCAAGUAGUGGGCAUGACUGUGGAGCAUGUGGAGUGCCAGGAUGCUGGCGUUGGGGAGGCUCCUGGUUCCUUGGGAGGGGCAGAGGAGGUUGAUGAGAAGCCCCCACAGUUUGUCUGUCGAGAAUGCAAAGAGACCUUCUCUACACUGACACUGCUGCGCAGGCAUGAGCGCUCACAUCCAGAGCUCCGGCCCUUUCCUUGUACCCAGUGCGGUAAGAGCUUCUCAGACCGGGCUGGGCUACGUAAGCAUAGCCGUACCCACAACUCUGUGCGCCCCUACGCCUGCCCCCAUUGUCCCAAGGCUUUCCUGAGUGCCAGUGACCUACGCAAGCAUGAACGCACCCACCCAGUGCCCCUUGGGACCCCCAUGCCCCUGGAGCCCCUUGUGGCUUUGCUAGGAAUGCCUGAAGAGGGGCCAGCCUGAAGCUCGUAUCCCUUGCAUCCCCUUCCAUUAUACUCCUGGGAGCCCAGCCCCCACAGGUUUGUUUGAACUGCUUUUUGACCCAGCCCAAUCUAGACCACAAGUCCUACCCUGGACAGCUAGCUCAGCUGUCACUCAAGUAAGAGAGCUAGGAACAUUGGAGGCUGGCAAGAGCUGUGAGACACACUCAUUAAAGCAUUCAUUUUUGACACUGA